UCUAUAGGGUGGUGUUGUUCCAUCAUGGGCACCGGGCGGCUCGUGAUUGACCAGUUUCUCUCCGGUACUGUCAACCAGCAGCGCGCCGGCGCCUCCCCUUCCCAUAUAAGUGAACGGAAUCUAUUCAUUCUUCACGCGGUGCUUGGUGAAGUACAACCGACUGGUCCACGGGAUGUUGACAGAAUAAAAUCUACUACUUUUGAAACAUUUCUGUCGACCGUUUUCUUUUGGUAGUUUGGUUUUUACGUCGGUCAUAGCCAUCUUCAUCAAUCUCCGGUAUUUGGCACCAGUGAUUGUUUUCUCUCUACCCCGCGGUACGGGUGCGUUAUUACCGAAAUGAAGGCUACUACUCCCGUCCGCCCCCAGAAGGAUACCUCAAGCAGUAGCGGCAACGAGCUUUCUUUACACUACCUCUCGGAUCACAGCCUGAACAUUGCCCGGUCUAGGUUGCAGGAAGAAGAGCAGCUGUGUCUGCAGGACGAUAUGAACCAGUGUUACAGUCGCCUCAAGCGCCUCGUACCCACCAUACCGCAGGAUAAGAAAGUCAGCAAAGUGGAGAUCCUUCAGCACGUCAUAGAUUACAUCUUGGACCUGCAGCUCGCGCUGGAGACGCACCCUUCUCUCCUGAAACAACAGACGGGGACCAUGACGGGGACGUGCCCGCCAUCCCCAGCCUCUAACCGGACACCACUAACGGUUCUCAACACAGACCACCAGAGGAUGUCAACAGGCAAAAAGGAUGACUCAGUUUUGUGUCGCUGAGAAAUGGCCAAUGGUGUGCAGAGCAGAGCUGAGAGCAGAGCUGCUCCAGUCCACAGCCAGCACAGCCUCAGCCUCCAGCCAGGGAAUCUCAGCCAGCCACACGAAGCUUUAUCACACAGGGGACCCCCCCCCCCCCCCGCUGGAGAACCUACGACUGGCAAAUAAAAACAUUUAUAACACGUUUAUUAGAAACUAAAGCCUGCUACGUUCAACUGACCCAUUACUUAACUGUAUAUGUCAAAUACAAUUACAACCUGAAAGGGUGAAUGAAGAAUCCCUUGUUGUUGUGAGGUCUUGCUAGAAACUAGAGCUUGUUGAACGACAAAUACCAGUUUAUAAAAUGUGACAAAUACCGGUUUAUAAAAUAAAAAUAACUAAACCUACAGUGUGGAACUUUACUAAACAGGAAUAUAAUUGUACAUGCUUUGCCAUCUAUUGUUUAAAAUAGAUGAUUUGUGUCGAACAAGGUUUUUCCCUGAAAUGUUUAAUAUUGUGAAGGAGAACAAAUGACUAGAGACAAUUCAGAUUGUCUAUGUAGAAACAGAUGCUCCAGGUGGAAGAAAAGAUCUAUUAUCCUCAGAAAGACUAUUGUAACUGUAAGAUAUUUUUAUUAAAACCUUUUGACAUGUAAAUAAUGUGUUUUUGAUGAAAUAUUAAUACUUGAAGAUGUUUUGUUAAUAAACUCUCCCCAGCAGUUCAUUUUUCAGUGUUAUAUUUCAGCGUAUUGUUGUUCUAGUUCAGCGUAUUGUUGUUCUAGUUCAGCGUAUUGUUGUUCUAGUUCAGCGUAUUGUUGUUCUAGUUCAGCGUAUUGUUGUUCUAGUUCAGCGUAUUUUUGUUCUAGUUCAGCGUAUUGUUGUUCUAGUUCAGCGUAUUGUUGUUCUAGUUCAGCGUAUUGUUGUUCUAGUUCAGCGUAUUGUUGUUCUAGUUCAGCAUAUUGUUGUUCUAGUUCAGCGUAUUGUUGUUCUAGUUCAGCGUAUUGUUGUUCUAGUUCAGCGUAGUGUUCUAGUUCAGCGUAUUGUUGUUCUAGUUCAGCGUAGUGUUCUAGUUCAGCGUAUUGUUGUUCUAGUUCAGCGUAGUGUUCUAGUUCAGCGUAGUGUUCUAGUUCAGCGUAGUGUUCUAGUUCAGCGUAGUGUUCUAGUUCAGCGGUGUUCUAGUUCAGCGUAUUGUUGUUCUAGUUCAGCGUAGUGUUCUAGUUCAGCGUAGUGUUCUAGUUCAGCGUUAUAGUGUUAAAGCACACACCAUGUAAAGGCUCCAGUAAUAGCUGGAAGAGCAGUUUGAAAUGUACUAAAACUGUUUGUAUGUAAUUUGGUAAAAGCCAAAAUUCCCUUGUUUUAUAUUCCUUCAAUUGUGUUUCUCUUGUAUUGACUUAAUUUAGGAACCAUUUGAAAUAUUGACAUUUUGGGCAGUUUUAACCCAUGUGAAAACCAGUCUUUAGAAGUCUGAUAGGAUUGUUGAUGAUUUGGUAACAUUUGACUGUAACUGGUGAAGAGCAAUACACUGGAGAAACUAACCUCCAAUCACUGCAUCAGAUUGUUCUGAGGACUACAAGGACCAAAACGAACCUCCAAUCACUGCAUCAGAUUGUUCUGAGGACUACAAGGACCAAAACUAACCUCCAAUCACUGCAUCAGAUUGUUCUGAGGACUACAAGGACCAAAACGAACCUCCAAUCACUGCAUCAGAUUGUUCUGAGGACUACAAGGACCAAAACUAACCUCCAAUCACUGCAUCAGAUUGUUCUGAGGACUACAAGGACCAAAACUAACCUCCAAUCACUGCAUCAGAUUGUUCUGAGGACUACAAGGACCAAAACUAACCUCCAAUCACUGCAUCAGAUUGUUCUGAGGACUACAAGGACCAAAACUAACCUCCAAUCACUGCAUCAGAUUGUUCUGAGGACUACAAGGACCAAAACUAACCUCCAAUCACUGCAUCAGAUUGUUCUGAGGACCACAAGGACCAAACUAACCUCCAAUCACUGCAUCCAGAUUGUUCUGAGGACUACAAGGGCCAAAACUAACCUCCAAUCACUGCAUCAGAUUGUUCUGAGGACUACAAGGGCCAAAACUAACUUCCAAUCACUGCAUCAGAUUACUGUGCUAUCCCGAUCAGGAUUUCCAUGGUGAUUUCUACCUCUGAGCCUGGAUCUGUGUGAGAGGACAGCUGUUCAGUAUUUACUGUGUUCCACUGUUGGACAACGUGACCUUCCACGUGAUGGAGAGGAAGAGCUGUCAUCACAUUAAAGGGUUUCCAGUCACA